UUUUGUUUUAUGAAAUAAGUUUUAAAAAAAUUUAUUUUAUCUAUCAUAUUUCUAUAGGAAUAUAUUAUUUACAACGAUAUUUAAUCAAUAAAAAUAUUUUAACCAGGGGACUUCAAAAACAAAAUAAAAAUAGUACAAAUUGCUUUUACAAAAAUUUUGCCGGUAGAUAAUAUUGAGUAAGAAAUUAUACACAGAGCUAUGGAACAGGAAAAAGGAAAUGUUAGAGCUAAUGAAACUCAAGCUUCAGAAUAUAAGCUUUCUGAUUUUAAAUUUGAAAAUUUUUUAAACAAUAAUACUGGAAGAAAAUGUGUUACUUUAUUAGGGUCAUUUCCCUUAAUUUCUGAAACUGAUAAAGCUGUGGUGAUAUUGGAAAAAAUAGCAUUUACAAAGGACAAUUUCGAAUCUAAAAGUGAAAUAAAUUCAGAAAAUGAAAAUGGAAAUCAUUUGGGUCAAAAGGAGACUGAUCAAACAAAUUGCAAAUUUUUUUCUCACGACACAAAAUACACUACCGAAUUUAUCAAUAAUAUAUAUGGAAGCUAUAUGUUUUAUCCCAGUCCGGAUUUGAAUGGCGUAAAAGCAACGGUAAUUUAUCCUGCCACUGAAAAGCAUAUCGAAAAGUAUUCGGCUCGACGCAAGUAUUUAGUUAAGGAAACAGCAGUAAUUUAUAAAAAUGUUACAGAACCAUAUAUAGAAUCUUCAAAAUUUAGUUUGGAAUGGGUGUAUAAUAUAUUGGAACACAAGCAAGAGGCUGAUCGUAUAAUAUUUGAAGAUGAAGAUAAAGAAAUUGGGUUUAUACUUAUACCCGAUUUAAAAUGGGACGGCUCUAAAGAAACAUUAUACAUGUUAGCUCUGCCACAUAAACAUGGCAUGAAAUCCUUAAGGGAUUUGAAUGAAACCCAUUUACCUCUAUUGAAAAACAUUCGUGAUUCAAGCUAUAAAGCAAUUAAAGAAAAGUACGACUUAGACGAAACACAAAUUCGGGUUCAUAUACACUAUCAACCUUCAUUUUAUCAUUUACAUGUGCAUUUUACAAUAUUGACAAAUGAAGCAGGCGGAAUUAAUUGUGAAAGAUCUCAUCUCUUAGAUACAGUAAUAAACAAUAUUGAAUUGGUAUCAGAUUAUUAUCAAAAAUCGACGUUAACAUUUGUUGGAUUUGAAGGCAAUGCACUUUUGGAAAAAAUUAUGCUAGAAGUAGGACCCAAGAACAAUUCCGCAAUUAAUGCAACCCAGGACGGGGAUGAAUCUUUAGAUGGUAACCAGAGAAAAAAAUUAAAGCUUUCGGAAGAGGCAUAGAAAUACAACAGUUUUUCCUUUUAAAGUUCAAAAAUUUUUGUAUUUUUAUUAAAGUUUACAAAUCAAAGAUCUUUUAAAACUCAGAAAAUGAAGACUAAAGUUAUAUUUGUAAUAAAAUUAUUUAAAGAGCAGAAAUAAACAGUAAACUUUAAAACACUA